UUCCCUCCUUCCAAACACAACCCAAGCAAAUUCUUUCCAUACUCUUCUCCUUAUUAAAACCAAUUAAUUCACCUCUCUCAUCAACAACAACUAAACACUUCAAAUCUUUUAUCUUCAUAAUAUUGUUCACGUAAACUAAGCAAUCAUAUACAUGGGUUGCUCCUCCUCCAAACGAGUCGACGCCGCCGUCGUCGACGUCUACCGUCCGUCUCCGACGAGCUUCGCCGUCUUCGAUAUCAACUCCAUCCACGAGCCUUGGAUCGUUGUCGACUCCACCACCAAUCACGAGAAGCCCACCCACGUUCCUGCCCAGAUACUCGAGAAGCUCGGCUCGUUGGAAGCCGCCGAAGAACCAGCGCCGCCUCAGUCGUGGGAAGAGGUCAGCAAAGCCUUGGAAGACCUCAAGCCAACUCUUCAGCCCAAACCAAUAACCCCAACCCCAGCUCCAGCUCCGGAGAAGCCUAACCCAGUUCAGCUAACGUCGUCGGCGAAGAACAGCCCUGUUCUCAAGAAGCCGAACCUCCCUAACAGUAAGUCCUUUCGCACACUAGAGGAGCUCGACGCCAAGCUCUCCCCCAAACCAACGGCAUCGUUGAGGAAAACUGAGUCAAAUAACCGGUUUGAGUCAAGAACUACUGAACUCGGUCCAAUUCCCAGUACCGUAGCCGGCGCCGGCGGAGUACCAGUCAAGCCGGUGGUGAAGGAGAACCCGUUUAUACUGAGAGACAGGUUGGAGAAAGAGAAAGAAGGGAAGCAAGCCCUCAUCGAGAAAAUAUUAGCGAGCAAGCGAGACCCGCUGAGCGAGUUCCCGGAGAAGUGUCCGCCGGGCGGAGCAGACUCGGUGGUGAUAUAUACGACGUCGUUGCAAGGGGUUCGGAGGACGUACGAGGACUGUAACAGAGUGAGGGCAAUAUUGGAAUUGCACAGGGUGGCGUACGACGAGCGUGACGUGGCGUUGCACGGCGGUUUCUUGGGUGAGCUGAAGGAGUUGUUGGCCGGCGAAGCGGAGAUCGGAGUGCCCAGAGUUUUCGUCAAGGGAAGGUACGUGGGCGGAGCCCGAGAGAUUGAGGAGCUGAACGAUUCGGGUCGGUUGGGUCGGAUCAUAACCCGAACCGGAAUAGAGAGAGGAAUCGGGCGAAUCGGGUGCUCCGGAUGCGGUGGGGCCCGAUUCGUGCCGUGUUUGGACUGUGGGGGGAGUUGUAAGGUGGUGGCGGAUGUAGGGGAUAAGGUGAGGUGCCCCAAGUGUAAUGAGAAUGGUUUGGUGCAUUGUCCCAUUUGUCUUUGAGCUUAGUUUUUUUUAUUUUUUUUUUAUAAAUUAAAUAGAAAGUAGUAAAAAUGGUAUAAUAGAGAGGGUUUUGAAUUUUGAUGUUGUGUGUUUGUGGUGGUUUUUUUUUUUUUUUUGGGUUUUGAAUAGAAACCAAAUGUGGUUCUUGUGGAGAUUGAUUGUAAAAAAUAUAGUGUGAAUUAUAAACACUUCGAAAAAAAAAAACUACAUACAAGUUAUAGUUUGUAGUUUUGUUGUACGUAAAUAAAAUGAAAUAAAAUAAGAAAAUCGAGCUUA